AUGCCUCCUUCUAUUGAGGUCACGGACUACCAAGUCAGAAACAGGAAAGUGACGAUCCACAUCUCCGACGUCAAUCAACAGGAACUCUACCCUGACCGCAUUAUCACUCUUGAAUACCCAAGCUGGACCUACGAUAUUGGCCGAGGCAGUUCCAGUGACGAAGCGAUUGUGCCGGGUCCAGACAAUGCCUGGUUUACCUCAAAAGUUAUGUCAAGACAACAUGCUACGUUAAUGGCUCAUCCGGAAACAAAGAUAGUCACUAUACGAGACACUGGUUCGAUGCACGGCACCUUCAUGAAUGGUGAACGAAUCAUAGGAAAGCCGACAGAGCUUCUACAGGACGACGUAAUCACCUUCGGCACUGACAUUGUGCGGCAAGCCGAGUCGUUUUCACCUCUUAAAACCAAGAUUGCUUACGAAUGGCAUGACGAGAACGACCAGUCUUCAGGCACAAUAAAGACCUUUCAGAACAGCUUUUCUGCUGACUAUAGCGAGGAAGAAAUGUAUAGCGAUCUAGACGACGAGGUUGAGAUCGUGCAUGAAUCAGUACGAGCUCGACAACCCAGUGUUGAAAUCGUGAAAAUGGCGCUUCCUCCUCAACCAACCACACCGUCGACCUCUACCUCACCAAAAACAAACUCUGACACGAAUGCACGGUCAUCUAGCUCAGCUACCACCAACAGCCCAGUGAGCGAGAAGUGUAAAGAAAAGGACAACGACGGCCCUAUUGAGCAACAUUUCGAUGAUGACAUUUCUCAGCUUGGUACUGAGAUGGACCAUCGAUUCGAGCAAGCUAACCUUUCUGAGUCUGAACAAGAGACAGAUAUUCCUGACUCGGAUAUUGAGAACGAGGUGUCCAUUUGCGAAGUGGAACCACCUCUGAAAGGUCAGUCUUCAUCGAAGUAUUUCUUUAAUAGGGCCAUCUUCGACAAGCCUAACUUCCUGCCAGUGCCACAGAACCUAGUGAUGCGACAGCCAAGUCCAUCGGAUGCUGCUAUGGCUAAACCUAGCGGCGUAUUGCAGCCAGGAAUUCAACCCACAUUCCUAACCGCGCCUCGUUCCUUGUUCGAAUCUAGUUCUACUGACACCACUCCAGCCCAAAAUGCCGUACACAACCAUGGUGACAACCUUCCUCCAUUCAAAGUUCCCAUGACGCAUGACUAUCAUGGGUAUCCAUCACCCUUGUGGCCUCCACGAAACCCGUCGAGCUUCUGUGGUACCACAGGAGCUGCUAAUAGCUUCGAGGCUUACAACUCGUAUGCAUUGCCUGCAUUUCAGAGAGACCUGUUCCCGAGUCAUUCGUUCUUCAAGCCAGUUGCAACCAGCAGCUCUGCACUCCAGUCUCAGCAGCUAUCAGGCUGCCUAGCACCACCUUUCCCAAGCACCCAACUUUCUCACACGGCGUUAUCACCUAUGGCGUCACCAAAGCUUACAACGCCUCCAGAUAACUAUCAUAGCGAAUCAUUGAAGCGUAAGGCGGAGGAAAUAUCACAAGCAGAGGAAGGUAGCGAAGACGAAGACGACGAGUCAAUACCAUCCACCCCUCGAAAGAGUGGUUCGCUAACCCAGGCUCGAUCUCCAAGCUAUGCUCGUGAGCCAUCGGCAGUGGCCAUAGAAACAGUCAGUCCUGCCUCGCACGAACCAGUGGCCUCAUCAGGAGCUCUUAAGGAACUUGCAACAGCAGAUAAAGCGACCGAACACAGAACAGCAGCUCAACCUGCAUGUAAGAUGCAAGAGAGUGUAACUCAGGCCGUCAACUUGCUUAAGCCUCUCGGGGAGAAUCAGAACAUGCCUGAGGAACCCCCACGCAAGAUGAUCAAGGUCAGCACUGACAGCAACUCUGACGCUAGACGACCGAUAAAUGCCAAGACCAUCGUCAAGUAUGCCGUUACUGCCCUGGCUGGAGCCACAGCUGGAGCAAUUGGUACCGUGAUUGGGCUUGCCUCCCUACCCCAGGAUUAUUUCGUUUGA